CGCAACGCUUAAAAUCGAAAAAAUACAUUUUUCAACAUAAUGAGAUGACAGAAUAUUUGACAGAAGGCACACUACACAUUCUGCAUUCUCGUAAAGACCCCACAAUGUAACAUAUUGCCUUUGGAACGAAAAUGUAAGUCAAAGGAAAUGAGAGUUGCACGCGCACUACACAAAAUCCGGCCACACGUGACUAUUUGACGCCAACUUGUCUGUAGAUCUUAGGCCAUUUGAAUUGUUUAUUUUCAUCUUUUCUUUGUUUGACGUUGGCACUGUUGUUUCUCGUCUUUUGGCACAGCAGUAAAGCAACUUUAAACAUAUACAUAACAGGGGGUCAGCUCUGUAAGCAGGCUGAUAUAUGUAUGCAUUUACAGGGAACCUGCGUGCUCCGGUGGUGAUUUCUGAAUGCUGUACAGUUGCGGGUGGUGGGCGCUGCGGCUUACGCUGCCGCUUCGCGGCCUCCGCAUCCACUGUCCCAGUUCCGUUCGUUAUGUUUGUGAAGUUUACACCUUAUUCUCACUGAGUCUAUGGGGAUUUUCUUCUAGGAAGUCCGAUUUGCCUCCCACAACCCGACGAUUCUAAACUGGCACUGAUGCACCAAGUAACAAAUCAACAGCAACCUCACAUUUCUCCGAAUAGUCCGACCAGUAACACAUGUGGGUCCACUGCAGUGGGAAGGUGAAAUGUUAAACUCAAAGCUUUAAAAAGGUCGAGUGCAGAUGAAUGCAGCAUAUGGCCUGACAACCUUGGGGUUAUAUAAAGGCAUCUUUCACCCCGAAGCUAUCCCAGCAAAGGUCUAGAAGGAGCUCCAUGGUGGAACUGGGCAGAGACAAUAGAAUUUGGAACAUUAUGUAAUGUGACAGCCCAAAUGUCAUUCUCUGUAAGAGACACUUCCAUCUCAUUUAUUCUCACUUGCAUCCACUUGAGUGCAACAUUAGUACAAUUUGUCAGUAGUUGUCGUAUCAAUGGCAACCUGUAUGCUAGUUGUAAAGGGCUCAGUCUUCAUCAAGUGCCCAGCACAUUCCCGGACACCUUACAAGAGCUGGAUCUGUCUUAUAAUAAAUUGGUUUCUAUUUCCAAUGCUGACUUUGCAAAUCUCCGACAGCUUCGUAAACUGAAUCUCCAGUACAAUAAUAUUUCAUUCAUUGCUGAUCAUGCAUUUGCCAAUAACACACGUUUGGAGGAUCUCAACAUUUUUAAUAACUCCCUUGCUAAAAUUCCCUCAAAAGCUUUUGAGCCCCUCAUUAAACUGAAAUUCCUGGAGAUGUCUAAUAAUUUCUAUAGUGCAGCAACCUUGCCAAGUGUGUUUUCAACCUUUAAAGAACUGAAGGUGUUUUCCAUGGGAGGUCCUUUAAUACAAAAUUUGAGCAAGUAUGAUUUUUAUCCUUUAAAAAAUAUUUCUUUGAAUAAAUUUGCUAUCAAAUCAGCUUCAAGUCUUCAAUACUAUGAACAGGGUACCCUCUCUGUCAUACAAACCACCAAUAUGUGGUUUGACAUUGCGUUGGACCAGAGUCCUAGAUCAUUACCCGCUAUGUUGCAAGACUUCACUGACAAGACACUGCAAGUUCUUAGAUUUCGAAAUCUUUUUGAGUUCACAUAUUACACGGAGUCUGAAGAUCUUUUUAAAGGUCUACAGAACAUAAAUGUUAAUCAGCUAAUAUUUUAUCGGGGGAAGUUCAAUGAAAACCUCUUAAGGAUGGCACUCUUAAAUGUACAAAGGUCGACAAUAAAAGACUUGGGGUUAGUGGCCAUCGAUUUUGCCCGUUCCCCUAACUUUGAUAUCUUUCAGAAUCAGUCAAGUAUCACAGACCUUUCCUUAAACAAUUUGGUGCUGCAGGAUAUUAGCAACCCAGAUAUCCUUCGCUUUGACUGGAAGUUUACAUGGUUCAGCAAAGUCAUCAAUCUUACUAUCACAAACGUUAAUUUCAAUUUUGUUCCAUGUGAUGCCUGGGAUGAAAUGAGCAACAUUGAAAUAUUGACAAUUACCAACAACCGUUUGCUGGAUGGCUUUAUCUACAACCAAAAAUGUCGCUAUGACAACGCUUUGCCAAAUCUCAGGUCCUUUAUUGCUAAUGUGAACAUGUUGACCAGUCUGGCUGUGUUAUCAAAUCUCACUGCAGAAUGGAAACAACUUCAAGAGAUGGAUCUUAGCUACAACCAGCUGGGAUCGAUAGAUGAGGGCUGUGCUUGGACAACCAGCCUAAUUAAACUAAUGUUGCACCAUAAUAGUGCCAAUCAGAACAUUUAUAGAUGUUUGCCAGUAACUUUAGAGUAUCUUGAUUUGUCCUACUGUGAUUUGGACCUUCUAAACAUGGAAUAUUUUCAGAAAGCUACUAAACUUCAGGUUCUACUUUUGAGUGGUAAUAAAAUUAAGUUUAUUCCUUCUGGAUGGCAAAGUCAUAGUCUUCAACUGCUGGCAGUUGACGGAAAUUCAUUUGGCAUCAUCAAUACAGGAACCUUUCAUAAUAUGCCUAAUCUUGUUAGUCUGAGAGCUGGCAAUAACCCCUAUUACUGCACAUGUGACUUGUACGGUUUUGUUGAAGAAACAGUCAAUAAAGGAAAGAUUAAUAUUACAGACUGGCCUCAGAACUAUAGAUGUUACCAACCAGAACAUCUACUGAACACAAUCGUGGCAAAUUUUUUUCCUGGAAAGCUUACCUGUAAUGUCACUUUAGUUGUUCUCAUUUCUGUUUCAACGACUGCAGUGGUUGUCAUCAUUCUAAUGAUACUCUGCUAUAUCUAUGAUGUCCACUGGUACCUCAAAGCUAUUUAUCAGAUCUUGAGAGCAAAAUAUCGUGCAAGAAAGGAAGGAAAUAAUAAGGAUGAAAACUAUGAAUACCAUGCUUUUAUCUCGUAUAGUCAUUCUGAUGCAGAGUGGGUCCGGAAUCAACUCCUGCCAUGUUUGGAAAACUGUGACCCUCCAUAUCGCCUCUGCAUACAUGAGAGAGACUUCGUGCCAGGCAGGUGGAUCAUAGACAACAUCAUUGAAAACAUUGAGAAGAGCCACAAGGUGAUGUUCAUCCUGUCACAUAAUUUUGUCAACAGUGAGUGGUGUAAUUAUGAACUGUACUUCACGCACCAGAGGGCCAUUGGCAAACCUUUCAAUGACAUAAUUCUAAUUGUCAAGGAGAUCAUUGAUCCAGAGUCCCUGCCCAACAAAUACUGCAAGCUGAAGAAGAUGCUGAGGAGUAAGACGUAUCUGGAGUGGCCUCUGGAGCUCAAUCGGCGGGUCUUUUUCUGGGCUCAGCUGCGCAGCAUCUUGGGCAGUUCUUUGCCCCCUACAGGAGAAGGAAGUCGACAUGGAAGACAAUCUUCAGGCUCCGUCUCUGCCACAGAGAUGUCAGCAAAAGUCCAGACUGAUGAAUUGGACAUGAAUGGAGAACUGCCGCAGCCUGAGCAGAUUUUGGAUGAUCUUCCACACAAUGAGGACAAUAUUAUAAUGUUGUAGACACAGCACUAUGAUGUUUUAUGUGUAACAUUUACAAUGGCAGCAGUUGGUUUACAAAAACCAAAGCAUCUAUUUACUCAAGAAAGAGUAGCUGGCUUUUUUAAGUAUAUGAAGGUAACUUUUUUACUGCGAAGGUAUUAUCUUGUGUUUUUGAAAUUGAGUCAGACCGAAGGUAUCUGAUUUCAGACUGCACAUUUUUUUAAUAUUAUUCUGUUUUUUUGUAUUGACUUGUUUUAAAAUAUUAUUUCAUAAAGUUCAGAAGGAAGAUAUAUUUUGGUACAGGCUCCCUUUUCAUUUCUCAAAGCAGCAUUAAUGUCUAUUCAUCUAGUUUUUAAAAUCACUUAAUCCAGUCUUAGAGUGGACAUGGAUGACAAGCUGCAUGCAUUUUAUAACUGAAGAAUAUAAAGUCUUAAUAGUGUUGUUUUUGUUGCAGUUUGUGCCAUGUCUGUACAUUCUCUCUAUACCUGCAUAAGGCUUCUAUGGUUCCUCUACUUUUAUUCCCUAUACCAAAGCAAUGAAUUUUACCAUAUUUUGGCCCAGGAUUAGUAAUCACAUGAGUGUGUCUUGUGAUAGACUGAUGGGUUGGUUAAUGACUUGCAUCCAGUGCUGCUGAGACAGACACCAGCCCCAGAAUGCUGGACUGGUUAAAGCAGGUCCAGUAAAUAAGUUGGUGAAUGACUACCCAAAAUAAUCCCAGUCUGGUGUGCGCAUGAAUGUGCCCUGUGAUGUACUGGUGCCUUGUCCAGGAUGGGCUUCACUCUUGUGUCCGGCUCUGCUAGGAUAGACUCAAGCCCCAAUAAAACAUAAUUAGACAAAGCUGGUAUAGAACAUGGAUGAAUCAGUGGAUGACAACUGGGUGAGUGCAGGACUGUCCCUUGUGAUAGACUGGCACCUUGACCAUGGUUUACUCUCGCCUUACACCUGAUGCUGCUGGGGCACAUCGUUCAUGCAUCGUAAAAAAUAAAGGGAAAUCCUGUAAUGGUAAAACUGAGUGAAAAAAAUGGAUGGAUAAGAUUUUUCCAAACUUCUUCUGUAUGUCAAAACUCAAAAUAAACGCCUCCUCAUUAGUCUUAUCCUUUAAUGUAAAGCAACCCUUUCUUCAUCCAUUUACAAAGUAUAGCAUGAACUGGAGAAUGCCCAGUGUGAAUAUGAAGACUGCAAGCAGACAGUUGCUUAUUGGAACUAAAAGCUGGAUCUGUUGAAAGAAAAUUAAAAUUCAUAUUGAUACUGUAUUAUCAAUGUACUGCAUUACUGUUUGAACUUCAAUUUGGUAGUAAACGAUUCACUAUUUUUGUUUUACAAAAUUAUUGCAUUAAGUCUUAACUCAGAUUCAACUUUUGUGAAAAAGCACAUAUUACUUACCUUUUUUAAAAUGCCCAACUGUUACUCACGCAACAUUAUGGAUUAAUUCUAUCCCAUAUCAAAAGUGCUUUGACUUUAUGAGAGUUUCACAAAUCAAAAUUAUGGCUAAGUGCAAGCUUGAAGAUAGCUUUGGUGUAAUUUGAAU